AUGUGUCUGGCUCCAGUGGGUGCCGGUAAGUUCGGUCGUUCGAUUUGCCGUAGGAAACUAUGGGACUCAAGUGAUGAACUAGUGUCAGCAUAUCAGGCGCUGCAACUCAGCACGGUUGACUUCGAGAGCUUGUGGUUCACACGUACUCGGUGGGACGAGGCCUCCGACCUCAGAGUUGUUACCAGGGUGUUAUGGAUUUCGGAUAAUCUGAAGGUGAGGUCCGGGACAGCUCGUUUUGAGACGCGAACGGUGGCCACGGUGAACGAGCUAUUUAUUAGUGGCUUGGCUAUUAUUGCGGGGGUUAUGGUGACGGGGGCUGUCAUAUGUCUUUACUACUGGCGUGCGAGUCGAGACGUUACAGAAAGUUGCCGCUUCUUGACCCUUGACGGAAGUCGUAGGGUCAUGGCCAUGUCCUACGUAGAUAGGUACAAUUGUGGAAAAGUCCCGAUAUCUCCGCCCCUAACAUCACUGUUAAGGAGUGGAGAGAGGUCUUGCCACUUAAGCACCUACUAUUUGAGCGACGAGGACCCGAUCAGCAUGAAGGAAAUUGAGGAAUCUAAGCUGCUGAUCUUAGGAACUAGGAGUAAGGAAAAUGACGAGGUCGACCGGAAGAAUAGGAGUGACGUACGCCAUCGGGCCGUUGACGGGCGCUCUGCGACUCUCCAAUCGGGCAGGCGGCAUGAAGAGAUGGGACCCCGUGCGUGUGCUACCGAUAAUUUAGCCGCAGACCCAGGAUAUCCCGACGACGAUGCGAAUAGGUGCAGGCCUGGACGUCGAGUGGAUUUCUUGACGAGCGGCGAGCAUCGGGUGCACUCCUGUUGA